AGCAUAACUAGCACAAUGGCAUCUCAGCAAUCACCCGUCCUCGUACCCUCGGCCUCCCUCCACGGCAAGGUCGCCCUCAUUACCGGUGCCGGCCGUGGUAUCGGCAGAGGCUGCGCCAUUGAGCUCGGCAAGCGUGGCGCCAGCGUUGUGGUCAACUACGCCAACAGCAAGCAGUCCGCCGAUGAGGUCUGCAAGGCCAUUGAGGCCACCGGCAGCGGCGCCAAGGCCAUCUCUAUCCAGGCCGACGUCAGCAAGAAGAGCGAGAUUGAGCGCCUCUUCCAGGAGGCCAAGAAGCACUUCGGCAAGAUCGACAUUGUCAUGAGCAACAGCGGUACUGAGUCCUGGGACAAGACCGAGGAGAUCACCGAGGAGAAGUACGACCAUGUCUUCAACCUCAACGCACGUGCCCAGUUCUUCGUCGGCCAGGCUUCGUGGAAGCAUCUCGAGGACAACGGCCGCUUGAUCCUCAUGAGCUCCAUUGCCGCUGGUCUUCUUGGCGUCCGCGACCAUGUCCUUUACAAUGCUUCUAAGAUGGCCGUCAUCGGUAUGAUCAAGGGUUUCGCCACUGACUUCGGUGCCCGUGGCAUCACUGUUAACGGCGUCGCUCCUGGCGGCAUCAAAUCUGACAUGUUCACCCAGAAUGCAUGGCAUUACAUCCCAGGCGGCACCCCCGACUGGCCAGCGGACAAGAUCGAGAAGCUCAUGGCGGAGCACUGCCCACUCAAGCGCUGCGCCUUGCCGGAGGACGUUGCUCGUGUCGUUGCCUUCCUUGCUUCUGAUGACGGUGGCUGGGUCAACGGCCAAGUUAUCACCAUCUCUGGUGGCUCCUCCCAGUAAGCGGCGAGUAUCGGUAGCAUGGCCAGGUGUAUAGGAAAUGGUGUCAAAUGCAGGAUAUGUGCAUAAAGGAGCACAGGUUGUGGCAAAGAGGAUUAGAGUGAAUAUCCACUCGUAAGCGAUAAGAUGAUCAUUGACUCGGCCUACUCUGCAGAUAGCAUAGUCUGAAGGCGACUGUGUCUGCUGACCUCACCUUCCCGUGUGCCAAGACCAGCCUCCACGGCUAUUUCCGUACCCUUUGCAUGUAUACGAGACGACCUCCCACAUGCGAAGAACAAUGCAGUUGAACGUUGCCGUC